AUGGCGGCCUCCAUGCUGGGCUGGGCCUGCGGCCCGCUGCGGCCCGGCGGGCCCGGCGUGUGGGCGCGCGGGCGGCGGCUCCCGGGGCCUGCGGGCUCGGGGCGGAGCGUGGCUGCAGCCAGCGGGCCGGGCGGCGCGGGCGCUGAGCGCUACUGCCUGGAGCUGCUGCGGAAACGAGAUUAUGAAGGUUAUUUAUGCUCCCUACUGCUUCCUACAGAAUCCAGAAGCUCUGCUUUUGCACUGAGAGCCUUCAAUGUGGAACUGGCUCAGGUGAAGGAUUCAGUUUCUGAGAAAACAAUUGGACUGAUGCGAAUGCAGUUUUGGAAGAAAACUGUGGAUGACAUAUACAGUGACAAUCCACCACAUCAGCCUGUGGCCUUUGAACUGUGGAAGGCUGUCAAAAGACAUAAUCUGACUAAAAGAUGGCUUAUGAAAAUCAUUGAUGAAAGAGAAAAAAAUUUGGAUGACAAAGCAUAUCGUAAUAUCCAGGAACUGGAAAAUUAUGCUGAAAACACACAGAGUUCUCUUCUUUAUUUAACACUAGAAAUAUUGGGUAUAAGGGAUCUUCAUGCAGAUCAUGCUGCCAGUCACAUCGGAAAGGCACAAGGCAUUGUCACCUGCUUGAGAGCCACGCCCUAUCACAGCAGCAGGAGGAGGGUGUUCCUUCCCAUGGACAUCUGCAUGCUGCAUGGUGUUUCACAAGAGGAUUUUCUACGGAAGAACCAAGAUAAAAAUAUAAGAGAUGUGGUAUAUGACAUUGCCAGCCAGGCACACCUACACUUGAAGCAUGCUAGGUCCCUCCACAAAAGUGUUCCUGUGAAGGCAUUUCCUGCCUUUCUUCAGACGGUUGCUCUGGAGGACUAUUUAAAGAAAAUCCAAAAAGUGAAUUUUGAUAUAUUCCACCCAUCUUUACAGCAGAAGAAUACAUUACUUCCGUUGUCCUUGUAUAUUCAAUCAUGGAGAAGAAGAUACUAA